GGAGGCGAGCCACGGGACGCUGACAAGCGGCGAGGAGCGAGCUGAGCUCCAGGAUCCUCGGCCCUGGCCGCCUGGACCCGGCCUCUAGGGCUGCGCGGGCGGCCGUCGAGAGUGACCGCACUCCGUCACUCGGGGCUUGCCACCGGGACACCCCAAAUUCCGGCACCGCGCCUCGCCUCUCUGCAUUUGCCGACCCCCAGCGUCAGCGCGUGGGCGGGCGGUGGGGGCGGAGCUCGCCCUCCGGGCCGCUGAUUGGCUGCUUCCGCUUCCCUUUCACCUUCCCAGUUGCGAAAUUCAGGUGUGAAGGGACCGCGGUCUGCGAGCCCGCCGCUGUCUGAGAGGUUGCGGUUUGCUCUCGCAGGGAGGCGUUAAUCUCGCUCAGGCUUCUGCGGCAGCGCCCCACCAGCCCAGUUUCCAGAAAUAGUUUGGGUUUAUAUUAUUUUCUCGGACGGUGGAAGAUGUUGGCAUUUAUGUUCGCCUCUACACGAAUGUUUUGCUGGCAACUUAAAUGACUAUUUUUCUCAGAAACGCGAGAUAUUUCCCCCCCCAGGUGUUCAUACUGUUAUUUUUCAUGACAGAUCUUGACCACAACAUACAAAAAUACAUAGAGAUGAUAACUAAUAUAGUUAUAUUGAGUCUGAUCAUUUGCAUUUCUUUAGCUUUCUGGAUUAUGUCUAUGACUGCAAGCACCUAUUAUGGUAACUUACAGCCUAUUUCUCCUUGGCGUUGGCUGUUUUCAGUUUUUGUUCCCGUUUUGAUCGUCUCUAAUGGCUUUAAAAAGAAAAGUCUAAAUCAUAGUGGGGCUUUAGGAGGGCUCGUGGUUGGAUUUAUCCUAACCGUUGCAAAUUUCAGCUUUUUCACCUCUUUGCUGAUGUUUUUUCUUUCUUCCUCAAGACUCACUAAAUGGAGGGGAGAAACAAAGAAACGUCUAGAUUCAGAAUACAAGGAAGGUGGGCAGAGGAAUUGGAUUCAGGUAUUCUGUAAUGGAGCUGUGCCCACAGAGCUGGCCCUGCUAUACAUGAUAGAAAAUGGCCCUGGGGAAAUCCCAAUAGAUUUUUCCAAGCAGCACACUGCUUCUUGGAUGUGUUUGUCUCUCUUGGCUGCACUGGCCUGCUCUGCUGGAGACACAUGGGCUUCAGAAGUUGGCACUGUUCUGAGUAAAAGCCCACCGAGGCUGAUAACAACCUGGGAGAAAGUUCCAGUAGGGACCAACGGAGGAGUUACGAUGGUGGGCCUUGCCUCCAGUCUCCUUGGAGGGACCUUUGUGGGCAUUGCAUACUUCCUCACGCAGUUGGUUUUUGUUAAUGAUUUAGACAUUUCUGCUCCUCAGUGGCCAAUUAUUGCAUUUGGGGGUCUGGCUGGAUUACUAGGAUCAAUUGUGGAUUCGUAUUUAGGAGCUACCAUGCAAUUUAGUGGUUUGGAUGAAAGCACUGGCAUGGUGGUCAGCAGCCCAGCGAAUGAGGUGAAGUACAUAGCAGGGAAACCCAUUCUUGAUAACAAUGCCGUGAAUCUGUUUUCUUCUGUCCUUGUCGCCCUCUUGCUCCCAACAGCAGCUGCUUGGGGUUUUUGGCCCAGACAGUGAAUUUUAUUUCAUUUACUAAAGUUAAAACUUCGGUAAAUUCAGCUAAAUUUGCAAUUCCAAGUCUCAUCCCAAGAAGAGUAAUUGUAAUGACAAAGCAGAAAGGCCAGCUUCUCCUCUAUUCCAUUACAAUGGAACUCCACGUUUUUCCUCUCUCUGAACUCCAUUGUAACAACUAAUAUCUUUUUGGUGAAAGACAAGGCUCAUAGAAUUUAUGCAUAUUUUUCUUCUGCUGAAUGGAACUUGAGCCGUGAAACUAUAAUGUCCCUAUAUAUUGAACUGAAAGUUCCUGCAUGGUAGAUAUAAAUUUUAUUUUGUUUGUUUAAAUCAGUAAAGGGACUAAAAGUAAUAAAAGUUUUAAAUGGCUCAGUUGUGGCAGAGAAAUGUCACCAUGCCAAUUAUCCAAA